GUUCACCCUUAGUUCACCAAUUGCUUCAAGGUGAGGGCCCAAUGACGUAAACAAAGACCUAGUUGCGUAACCUAAACAAGUUUUUUUGACUUUAUCUCAUAUCGUUUAUGAAGAAGGAGUAUCAGCCAAUAAGGAUAUUGCUCUAUUUUAAUAUUUCACUUUCUUCUAAUAUUUAAACCCUUUAAUUCUAAAGAAUGUCUACUGCCACUGUGCUGAAUGCGGGUAAAACAUAUGUUUCAAACUUGAUUAUCUGAUUGAAUUUUAUUAUUAUUGAGACAACUGUUGAUUUCAAUUAAUAAUGAGGAGUGUUCGCCAUCUUGCUAAUGUGUCUGUACGGAACUGCCCAUUUCUUUCUGGGUUGAGCCCCUUAUAUUUGAAAAACUAUGGAGCUUCGAUAAUGAAAAUGUAUGGGGAUAAAUGUCCUUUUAUGCGACAUUAUGCAUCUGCUUCCAACUCUGAUGGUACAGGCUUUGAAGGGAAUUUACAUUUCGGUACUUUUUGGUUGGCCAAGCGAACUUCGCUAUUAGAUGAACUACAGUCAAAAAUUGUGCCGCCUCCUCAAGUAGCAGAAGAGAUCAAAAAAAAAUUUCCCGUGAGCAAAUGUCCUUUUAUGGAGAAUGAAAAGCCUACUGUGAAAGCUGUAAGCAUUGAUGAUGCUAUCAGUUCGGGAAAGAAAGAGAAACUUUCUGAUCACUUUCAAUAUGAAGACUUCUUUCUUGAAAAAAUUGCAAAGAAAAAAGAAAACCAUUCUUAUCGGAUUUUUAAAAAGGUUAAUCGCUUAGCCAACAAUUUUCCAUGUGCUAAUGAAUACACAGAUUCUAAAAAAGAGAUAAUCGUUUGGUGCAGCAAUGACUAUCUCGGGAUGAGUAGUCAUCCAACUGUUAGGAAAGCUGUUAUUGAUGCAGUUAUUGACCAUGGAGCUGGUAGUGGGGGUACAAGAAAUAUUUCUGGUAAUUCUACAUCCCAUGAAGAGUUGGAGAAAGAGUUGGCAUCUUUACACCAAAAGGAAGCAGCUCUAAUUUUUACUUCAUGCUAUGUUGCCAACCAUUCAACGCUUUAUACUUUAGCUAAACAUUUGCCAAACUGCCAAUUAAUUAGUGAUGAAGGCAAUCAUGCAUCUAUGAUUCAGGGUAUUAGAGACAGUGGUGUUCCUAAACACAUAUUCAAGCAUAAUGAUCCUGAAGAUUUGGAGAGAACGCUAAAGACUAUUGAUCCUAAUAUUCCCAAGAUUGUUGCAUUUGAAACAGUUCAUUCCAUGACAGGUGCUGUUUGUCCUUUAGAAAAGUUAUGUGAUAUUGCUCACAAAUAUGGAGCUUUAACAUAUGUUGAUGAAGUGCAUGCUGUUGGAUUAUAUGGUCAAAAUGGUGCUGGCAUUGGGGAAAAAGAGGGUGUACUUCAUAAAAUGGAUAUAAUUAGUGGAACUCUAGGAAAAGCAUUUGGAAACAUUGGUGGUUAUAUUGCAGGCUCUGCAAAUAUUGUUGAUAUGAUUCGAAGUUAUGCUGCAGGUUUUAUUUUUACAACUUCUUUGCCUAUUACAGUUUUACGGGGAUCCUUAGCAGCUAUAAAGAUACUGAGAAGUGAUGAAGGUAGAUUGUUGCGGGUAAAACAUCAAGAAAAUGUUAAAUAUCUUCGGACAUCUUUGCAGAAAGCCGGAAUUCCUGUUGUGCACUGCCCUAGCCAUAUAAUUCCAGUUCAUGUAGGAAAUCCUUAUUUUUCAACUAAAGUUAGUAAUGACUUAAUUGAAAGAUAUGGUCAUUAUGUUCAGGCUAUAAACCAUCCCACUGUUCCUGUGGGUGAGGAGAAACUUAGAAUCGCCCCAACUCCUUUCCAUACUGUUGAUUUAAUGGACAGGUUUGUGGCCGAUUUAGUUGACACUUGGAAAUACGUAGGAUUGGAAUUACGUCAUGAUUUCUGUAGCCAGGAGUGUGACUAUUGCAAGAAGCCUCUUUACUUUGAAGCCAUGGAAUCAAGAGUCUAUCCUUGCGGAGGAUUGGGUGAAUGUCCUCAAAUUGCAGUCCAUUAAAAUAUACAUUUUAUAUAUUGUUGAAAAAUGAGAUAUAUAUAAAUAAAUAGAUUUUAUGACUUA